AGGACACAUCUGGGAGCCGACUAAUCAUGAACAUUUUCGAUGACUUGCCUAAUGAUUGUUGGAUACAUAUAUUUGGAUAUUUGAGUAUCAGUGAAGUGAAAAAAUAUUCCCUUUCUAUUAGUCAAAAUCUUGCCUUACGAUUGUUGGAAACGGAAGAUGAUCAUAAUUCUAUUUACAGAUAUUUAUGUGAAGUUAAAAUGAGAUCAGAUUUGGACAAUGCUCUUGAAUCAAUUGAGAAUAGAAAGGAAAUGUCAGAGAGAUAUUAUUAUCGACACAACAAUAGAAGAACUGGACUUCCUGCUAUUGCUAGAAACAAUAAUAGCCCUGCAGGUUUAUCUUCUAAACAAAUGAGAGAAAAUCUCAAACACUGCACUAUUAGAGCAAAGUAUUUGUUUUCACGUUGGUUCAAAGAAGAUCCAUCUCUAUAUGAAAGAAUUAAAAAGGCUAUCACUCGCUCCUUCUCAUCAAAUACAGUCUUUAUUCCAGACCUCGGUAAUCAUGACACAACACUAGAUGAUAUAGAGAGAUUAAAAUUGAUUAGUGAAAAAGAAAAUGCACAAUUAGAGAAAACAACAAAUGAUUUUAUUCUCGAUAUGGAAAAACAAGUUGAAAAGCAAAGGAAAAAACACCCAAAAUGGAAACAGAUUUGGAAUGGAUAUCACGUCCAGAGUUCAUACUCAUCCCUCAAGAGUUCUACCAAGCAUAUGGCAGUAAGAGUUUCCAAAAUUCCGUCAAAUAACAGAAGGUAUCGUGGCACUCCUCUAACAAAUCAAGAAUUUGAACAAUAUCUUACAGACAUUUAUGAAGGGUUUAAAAGCUUAGAACCAGAAUUAAGAAGAGAGGCCAUGUUCAAAAAUUUCAAGUUUCAAUUCAAGUAUUACUCAAACGGAAAAUAUCACACUUCCAAAUCCUCAGUAUUUUCUCAAAUUACUACUGGAGUUUACAAACUUUCAAAAAAAAUACCUGAUAUGAAAAACAUUGAAAAAAUAUAUGGCAAAUUGUUAGAAUUUUUCAUUGAGGAAUCAAUUGCUUACAAAGUAGAAACCCCUAUCCUAACCGACUGUAUGUAG